GUUGGCGUUAUUCAAUUUGGAAAAAUUGAAAUUAUUGACAAUGACCAAGGAGACAAAACUACUCCUUCUUAUGUUGCAUUUACUGACAAUGAUUUGCUGGUUGGUGACUGCGCAAAGGAACAAUUAGCUUUAAAUCCUGGUAACACAGUUUUUGAUGCUAAACGACUCAUUGGCCGAUCAUAUGAUGAUGACACUGUACAAUCUGACUCAAAACACUGGCCUUUUGAAAUUGUUAAAGACAAUGGAAAACCAAAAAUCAAAGUGGAGUAUAAAAGUGAAACUAAAUAUUAUGCUCCUGAAGAAAUUUCGUCAAUGGUGGUAACAAAAAUGAAAGAAGUUGCUGAAGCAUAUCUUGGAACAACUGUCACCAACGCCGUCGUUACUGUGCCUGCAUACUUUACGAAUGCUCAAAGAUUAGCUACUAAAAACGCUUGCAUUGACUCGGGAUUAAAUUUAAUGGGCAUGAUCAAUGAACCGACAGCUGCGGCUCUUGCUUAUGGUUUAGAAAAAGUUCAAGGCAAGAAAAAUGUUCUUGUUUUUGAUUUGGGAGGAGGAACAUUUGAUGUCACUAUUCUCACCAUUGAAAACAGCCGUUUUACAGUGUUGUCCACAUCGGGAAACACUCAUUUGGGCGGAAAAGAUUUUGACAAUCGUCUGGUAACUUACCUUGUGGAAGAAUUUAAUCGUAAACAUGGAAAAAAUUUGUCUGUGGAAAAAAACAAAAGAGUUUUGUGUCUUUUGCAAACUGCCGUUGAGCGAGCAAAACGAACAUUAUCUAAAGCUUCACAAACUACAAUUGUAGUGGCACCGCUUUUUGAAGGAAUUGAUUUUAAAAUUUCCAUAACGCGAGCUCGUUUUGAAGAACUUUGCUCUGAUUUGUUUCGUUCAACAAUAGAACCGGUAAACAAAGCAUUAAAAGAUGCUAGUUUAAACAAAAGUGAAAUAGACGAGAUUGUCCUUGUCGGCGGCUCAACUCGGAUUCCAAAAGUGCAAAAAUUGUUGCAAGAGUUUUUUGACGGAAAAACAUUAAACAAAUCUAUUAAUCCUGAUGAAGCUGUAGCUAAUGGGGCAGCUGUUUUAGGAGGCUGGCUAGCUGGCGACACUUCAAUGCCAUUAUUGCAGAAACUUAUGAAAAAUGAAGAAAUGUCAAUAGUUAUUGAUCGCAAUACUACAAUUCCGGUUCAAAAAAACAAAAAAUUUUCAACUCAAUUUGAUAACCAAACAACUGUUACCUUUAAUGUGUAUGAAGGAGAACAUGAAUCCACAACAAAAAAUAAUUUUUUAGGAAAAUUUGAAAUUUCAGGCAUACCACCAGCUCCAGCUGGAGAAGAAAAGUUUGAUGUGAUUUUUGACAUUGACAAAAACGGCAUUCUCAACGUUACUGCCGUAAAUAUAAGCACUAAAAAACAAAAUGAUAUCACCAUUACAUUGAACUGGAAAUAA